UGCUACUGUAAGCAGACAUGGAGGUCCCGGGCAGUGUGCAGGAGAUGCGGAGCCGGGUGGUACUGGGCGAGUUUGGGCUUCGCAAUGUUCACACCACUGAUUUUCCUGGGAAUUAUCCUGGCUUUAAUGAUACCUGGAACCAGGAGAGAUUUGAGAAGAAUUUUCGCAUUGACAUUAUACAGAUGGAGGAUGACCGGCUGGAGUUUGACAUGGUUGGAAUUGAUGCAGCUCUGGCUAACGCAUUCCGACGCAUUCUCCUUGCAGAGGUGCCCACCAUGGCAGUCGAGAAAGUGUUUGUGUACAACAACACAUCAAUAAUACAGGAUGAGAUCCUGGCUCAUCGUUUAGGCCUCAUCCCAAUUCGAGUUGAUCCCAGGCUUUUUGAGUAUCGCAGUGCAGAAGAUGCGGAAGGUACAGAAAUAGAUACGCUGCAAUUUGAGCUCAAAGUUCGUUGCUCAAGGAACCCGAGAUCCUCCAAGGAUUCCUCUGACCCCAACGAGCUGUACCUGGACCACAAAGUGUACACCAGUCACAUGCGGUGGGUUCCACAAGGUAACCAGGCUGACCUCUUCCCAGAAGCAGAUGCUCCUCGACCUGUUCACAAUGACAUUCUGAUUGCCCAGCUGCGGCCCGGUCAGGAGAUCCACGUGCUCAUGCAUUGUGUCAAAGGCGUCGGUAAAGAUCACGCCAAGUUUUCUCCAGUGGCCACGGCCAGUUACCGGCUGCUCCCAGAGAUCACUCUAUUGCAGCCCAUAGAGGAUGAGCUGGCGGACAAACUGCAGCGCUGCUUCUCGCCUGGGGUCAUCGCUGUGGAUGUGGUAAAUGGUAAGAAGGUGGCUCGGGUGGAAAAUGCUCGGAUGGAUACUUGCAGCCGUGAGAUAUUUCGGCACGAGGAUUUAAAGAAUCUUGUUCGUAUGGCGCGGAUUAGAGACCAUUACAUCUUCUCUAUCGAGUCCACAGGAAUCUUGCCACCUGAUGUGCUGCUGAGUGAGGCUAUCAAGGUUCUGAUGGGGAAAUGUCGCAGGUUCAUGGAUGAGUUGGAUGCCGUUCAGAUGGACUGAGUGGGAUAUUUACAAACCAAAGGCAACCACUGACUUUUCAUAAUCACAGGGUGGCCCCAAAAUUGAUUAUUUUCCCAGAUGGGGAUGAACCUCAAAGAUAGACCCAAAUAACUUCCUAGAACGGAGAUCUUGGCUGUGCUUCACUGUUAGGUUAUAUACUGAUCUAUGUGUGGUCAACCCAGGAAUAAGUAAUCCCUGACAACAGUUCAAGGCUGAGUUUCUCAUGGGAAAUAUUUGUACCUUGUUAGUUCAUGUAUAUAGGAUAUUGACUAGAAGUGAUUCCCAGAGAUGACUAGACUCUCCGGAGACUCACACAGAGGGUGUAGCCUCCAGAGGAAAGAUUUGCUUCUGCAGUCAUGACUGGGCCAGUUCUUAAGAAAUAAGACCUUAAUGCAUAUUUUGUUUCUAUAGGACCGAGCAAGAACUUGUAUAAAAUCUCUUCAAUAUGAGAUGAACUGUAGCAUUAUGUUUUACUUUGUAUAUUUACAACCAUUACAGAAAAUAAUUUCCAUCAAUACUGUGUAGAAGUAACUGGUCUCAAACUUACUCUAUAGAAAACCUGUGUGUGUACAAGCGUAUUAUAGGCUCCAGGAGAGAGGAACUACUAACAGUAACUACUGGAAUUCACCAUUCUGCUCGGUCUGGUAGGAGCUCAAGAACCAGGAGAGAAAGGAUCUAAUUGCAAACAAUAUGAUUUUGUCUACCAGACUCUACAAUAAUAGAAUUUAUUAUUUGUAAUUUGGUAAAGAAUAAAUAUAAAUAAAAAAGAUAUAAAGUAAA